ACUUCCGGCCAUCACAGCGAACGGUCGCGGAAUGUCUUGCUCCUCAGGAGCGGUUACAGCGGCCCUCGGCCGCGGUUCCCGGUCAACGGAAAAACCUUCCCCGGACUACCAGAUGGUUCUACCACAACUGCCUUCAGGUGCAAGUGUUUUAAACACUGUUUUUAUUCACGGCGAAGUGAAAGCUCGGCCUUACCGUGUUGAGCAUUUCAGGGAUGCGCUUUCGCGACUCAUGCUGCUGCCGGAAGUGGUGGCCCUCGGGGCUUAUCAGAUGAAUCAUGUGUGGGCCGUAACUUUUGCGAACGAGGCGGCCAAAAAGAAGAUAUUGGACGCAGAAGGAUUCCUUGUCAAGGAACACCGUUGCGUGGUCAUUGACCCGUGCAACCAGGGUGUCAGGCUCAAGCUCUUCUGGCUGCUGCAUGGUGUUCCUGACGAAGACGUCAGAACAGCCUUGGCACCGUUUGGAAGAGUAACUGAAGUGACGAGGGAGAAGUGGAGGGUCCAGGGCUGCAACGACAAAGGAACCACGACACGGUCGGUGGUCCUGAAACUCAAGCCCGGAAUGACAGCAGACGACCUACCACACCAACUUCGUGUUGCGGAAGACAUGGCUCUCGUUAUUGUCCCGGGCAGAGCACCCCUCUGCCUCCGGUGCCGUGGCACUGGACACAUUCGACGAGAAUGCCGGGUUCCACGUUGUGGGCUGUGUCGUCGCUUUGGCCACGACGAGACCCAGUGCGUGAGAACGUACGCCAACGUUGCUGGCCCAGGCAGGAGCGAGGACUCGUCUGAGCUUCUCAUGGAUCAGGAGGACGCCGAAGAGGCCGCCAAAGGAGCAGCUGAAGGGGCGGCAGCUUCGUCUGCACCACUGGUUACGAAGACCGCAAAGGUUCAAGUGACGCAAGCUGGUGCUGAGGCGACGGGCGCGCCUUCAGAAAUCACGCCACCUCCGACCAAAGUGGCUGACGAGCCAGUCAGCGUCAGCGACGACAUGGACCUGUCUGCCGACGCUAAAGGCGCCGGAAAGCGGUUGCGUGAUGAGGUUGAGGACCACAGCCGAGACACCGACGGCGUGGAUACCGAAGGACCGACACCGAAAACACCGACAGUCCGACGGUCGACGCUGAAGGUCAAGCCCAACGUGCCGCCAGACAGACGGCCGUCACAUGCGCCGCCUCCGCCUUAG